AUGCGGACAAUUUUUGUCGUUCAGUCGUUCUAUCAAGCGUCGUAUGCCGUAGCUAAUACUAGGUUUGAUUUCUUCGCUUUAGAUUCACAAAGUCAAGGUUUCUGCUCAAAUCCUCCUAAACCCAGACCCAGACUCGCAUACUGGAAAGUUCAAUUUGUAGAAAGUUCAUUUGUUUAUCGAAGUUGUCAGCGGAGAAAUCAACCUAUUACUAUCAAGGUUAUAAACAUAAUGUCUCAUCAACAACCAUCAACUAAAAGAGUGAAAACUCUUUUUUCCUUCUUUAAAAAGAAAUAUGGUCUUAAUGAUGAUCAACAAACUGAGGUAGCACAAACUUCAAUUCCUAAUGUGCAGACUUCUGAAACCGUGGUAGUUGAAAGCUCAAUUCCUAAUGUGCACAUUUCAGACACCUUUUCUUUUGAACGAGAUCCAGGCUUGCGUAUCCCAAUUAGUGAUUAUCCAGUUAACCAACGAGAUGAGAUCAGACGGAGAUAUCUAAAAGCAGGGCCUUUUCAAUAUGUAUAA